AUGAUUAAAAAUAGCUUUUAUUAUUUAUCAAAGCAAAAUUAACGAUUUUUAAAAUAGCAAUUAAAAGCCACUAAUUUAACAUUUUAAUAAAAUAAUAUUAAUUCUUUAACACUUCAAUUAUAGAAACAAGUAAAAAAUCUUUAAUUUAUAACUUUUGUUAAGUUUUCCUCAAUGGACAAAAAGAAAUAAACAAAAAAAGGAGCUUCUGAUAAUUAAAAAGAAGAAAAACCAAAAGCUGUAUCAAAUGUUCCUGCAUCAAUUUAUGAAAAAGGAGGAAAAUUUUUUAUUUCAAUACAUGCAAAGCCUAAUUCCAAAAUUAGCUAAAUAUCAGGAAUUUCAGAUGAAGGAGUAGAUAUUAACAUAGCAGCACCACCUAAAGACGGUGAAGCUAAUGCUGAAUUAAUUGAUUAUAUAAGUUAAGUAUUAGGAGUUAAGAAAAGUUCGCUUUCUUUAGAUAAGGGUGGAAAGUCAAGGAAUAAAUUAAUGGAAAUAUCAGACAGUGGAUAUGCUGAUGUAGAAGAACUCUAUUAAGCACUUAAAGAUUCUAUUUAAUGA